CUUAAACAAAAGCUAAAACAUCCUUGAACCAGAGACAAAACAACCUUGAACAAGAGAUCAACAAAAUGAUACAUACUUAUUAUGAACUACUUCUUAUUGUUUCAAGACCAAGAACCUGAAACUAAAGCUAUCUGCCUCAUAAUUCUUUUACUUAUUUUAGUAACUCGUUUGCUAUUAUUGCUGAGAAGAAAGAACGGUGGAAAUUGGAGAUUACCUCCAGGUCCUAGUAGGCUUCCUCUCAUUGGAAACCUGCACCAGCUUGGCGACAUGACUUCUCAAUCACUAUAAAAGCUUUCUAAUAAAUAUGGAGAUCUGAUGUUUAUCCAGAUAGGCUCAGUGCCUGCUUUGGUGAUCUCAUCAACAGAUGUAGCUAAAGAAGUCUUCAAAAACCAUGAUAUUGUGUUUUCUGGAAGACCUGCUUUAUAUGCUGCCCACAAGCUCUUAUAUGGGUGCACCGAUAUAACUUUUUCUCCUUAUGGUGAGUACUGGAGAACAAUCAGAAAGUUAUCAAUAUCGGAACUUUUGAGUCCAAAGAGAGUUGCAUCAUUUCGAGAUGUUAGGGAAGAGGAAGUGUCUAUUGUCAUGGAUUUCGUCCGCAAAGCUUCUGCUUCUAUGGCUCCCAUUAAUGUAACUGAGAUGUCAUGUUCUAUCAUAAACGACGUUAUCUGUCGAACUGCCUUUGGUAGAAAAUUUGGACAGGGAGGAGGUAAGCUUCGAAGAAUUCUUCAAGUAACCCAAGAAAUGGUUGGUGGAGCCAGGACUGCCGAUAUCUUCCCAUGGAUGAGUUGGAUCCACAGGUUCGAUGGAGUUGACACACAAUUAAAGGACAGUAUUGAGGAAUUAGAUAAUUUUUAUGAGAGCAUAAUAGGUGAACACCUCGAACCCCAGAGACCAAACCCUGAAUACGAAGAUUUUGUCGAUGUUCUGCUUCGCCUUCAGAAGGACCCUGAUCAGAGUAUCUCCUUCAGUAGAUAUCAAAUUAAAGGAAUCCUCACGGACAUGUUCAUUGCUGGAACUGAUACAUCUUCUGCGACAAUUGCAUGGACAAUGACUGAACUAGUCAGGAAUCCAGCAGUGAUGAAAAGAAUACAAGAGGAAAUGAGAAAAAUCCUUGGCAAUAAAGCGUUAGUUGAAGAAACUGAUCUUACCAAACUGAACUACCUGAAGUUAGUGGUAAAAGAAACACUGCGGCUUCAUCCUCCUGCACCAUUGCUAGUUCCAAGGGAAACUACAGAUAGCUGCAUAAUAAAUGGGUACUACAUCCCAGCGAAAACGAGGGUGUUUUUUAAUGCAAAAGCCAUCGCAACAGACCCUAAGUUUUGGGACGAUCCAGAAGAGUUCCGACCAGAAAGAUUCAUAACUAAGAAUAUAGAAUUUAAAGGACAAGACUUUGAGAUGGUACCAUUUGGGAUUGGACGGAGAAGUUUCCCUGCUAUUAACUCAGCUUUGGUCAUAAUUGAACUUGUUCUUGCAAAUCUUCUGUAUGGUUUAGAGUGGGAAUUGCCCCUUGGGUUGAAAAAGGAAGAAAUCAAUAUGCAAGAAGCUCCUGGGAUCACAGUUCACAAGAAGUUUCCACUCUUCUUGGUAGCCGCUACUGCUACUGCAUGA